AUGCCUCCAAAGGAUUCCAAGAAGCCCAAGGCGGACGUCAAGAAGGAUGUCCCCGCCACUCCAGACAAGCAGAAGGCUAAGGCCAAGCCGGCCGCCGCCCCCAAGACGCCAGCAGCCUCAUCUACCGAGACCCCAAAGAAGACGCCUAGCAAGAAGGCGACCGUCUCCUUCAACCAGCUCACCUCCGAGGGCAGCGUCGUUCCAGUUACCGUCGAGGUCGAAGGCGACAGCGGCCAUGCAAUCCAGCGCAAGGCCAACACCUUCGGCCAGAUCCUCAAGCUCUCUGCUAGCGAGACGUUCUCGGUUGUGAAGACGAUCACCUUUACCUCCGGCGAGCUCGAAGGCUGCCAAGCAAUCAUCAUCCGCCCCCCAAAGGCCUUCGACUUCAAGAGCUUGACCCCGGAAGUCCGCGGCAGAAUCUACCGCUUCUACUUCGCCUCUAAGGGAAUCGUCGACGCCGACAUCGUGCUCGACGGCAAGCGCUCCUCCAACAAGGAGGUCUACGCCAAGACGUACGCCGAGGGUCUCAAGAACCGCGUCGGUCUGCUGGCCCUUAACAAGGAGUUUGGCAAAGAAGCCCAAGACAUCUUCUACGCGCACACCAUCCGCUUCGACUCCUCCUCCACCCUCAUCGACUUCGUCUCCGCGACCAAAACCCUGCUCCCCCGGCUGCACUCGAUCGCACUCAAGAACUACGCCAAGACCUCCGCGCGCAACGCCAUGCACUUCCUCGCCGACGCGACCAACCUGCAGCGCCUGCGCAUCGACCAGGGCGUCGUUGUCAACGAGCAGGACACGGCCAAGGCGGCCAAGAACGUCUACGGUGACAUGUACAAGUUCCUCGAGACGGUCGGGGCCGUGAGGGGUGAUAAGGCGGCGGGCGUGGAGUUGUUGAGUUUUGGGAAGGGUGCGUUGACGUGGAAGGAUAAGAAGGGGGAGGUGAGGAAUUAUUCGGAGGAGAUGGUGGAGGAGUUUAAGGAGAAUUUGAGGGCGAAGUUGAAGUGA